GACCUCGGAAGUUAUAAUUAACGCGCUUGAGCAGAAAGAGGAUACAAAACCUUUUAAUUGCGGAGGGAGGAACCCUAAACCCUAUCCUCUUCGCCGGAAACGGGUAGACAGCAACUCACUUCUAACUGAUACCAGGGGAAACUGAGGAGUAUCCGGCAUAGAAGCUUCCAGAGGCCGGAAGUACGUCAAAAUGCUUGGCCUUAAGCCAAUCUGUUAGGGGAGAAGUGGUGGUGCGGAUUGCGGAUUUGAGGUCCGAGUCUCUUGUUCGCGAUGUCUAGAAGGACGCUGGAUGGCGCUCAGAGAGUGGAAGGGAAGAUGGGAGGGACACAGGAGCUCGGAGUUGCCACUGCCUCGCAUGGUGUUGCAGGUAACAUAUACCGAAUAGUUCAGAUGACUGGGCCAGAUGGGAAAAAACUUCUGAAGCUGCUUCCAGUUUCUGAAACUUCGGGAAAUGCUGGACCCUUCAUACAUGCUCCAGUUGCGUCUGAUAAUACAAAAGUAAAUGCCUCUGUUUCUGGCCUUGCUUCGUUGAAGACUGUGCUCACACAGAAUACAACUGUGUUAUCAAAUACUGCAACAUCUCCAUUUGUUACUAUCCCUGCACCUCUGACAGGAGCUCCUGGAAAAUUAAUUCUCCAACAAAAUUUGAAUAAAGUGGAACUAAUGAAAGUAACCCAUGUUGUUAAUGACAAUCGAACUAUAACAAGCUCCUUAGCUGUUCAGAAUAAUUAUGUUUCAGCUGAUAAAUUAUUCUUGCAAAAGGAUGCUGCCUCAGUGCCAUCAGUCAAGAACAAUAUUUUAAUGAAUACCAAAAAUCUUCCAGUUGUAAACUCUUCAGUACUGCCUUCUGUUCAUCACCUUCAAAUACCUGCUCAUGCAGAAGUGAAAUCUGUUCCAGCAUCUUGUUUGCCCCCAGCUAUCCAACAGAAGAUACUAGCAUUGGCAGCUACAAAUGCCUCUGUGACACCCAAAGCUGCAAAACCACCAAUUGUUAUUUAUGUGUCACCAGUAAAAACAGUGAAAACGCCUAUUUCCAAGUGCUUGCAAAAUACGAAUCCAACACCUGCUGCAGAAAUACCGAAACCUUUAGUACUAACAGCUGCACAAACAGCAGUCAAUAAUUCUAUUCCAGAUGUAGUAUCACAUGAUAGCCAAGAACCAGGGGAAGCUCCUAUGAAAUGGGUUGUCCAAGAAAACCCACAGUCAGCAUCUUGCCUUGUUCCUGUAAGGUCAUCAAAUGACAUGGUAUCAAAGAUGUUAAAAACUUUGGUUGAUAAGAAUGUGAAGAACAAUCCUGCUAGCACUCUGCCUGCCUGUUUGAGUAGCCUGAGUGAAAGUCAUGCAAAAUUGUCUUCAGUUAAAGAUAAUGCCCUGGUGAUGUAUAAUGGGAAAAUCUACCUGCUGACAAGAAAAGGAUCCAGUGCUGAAUCAGCCCUGGAUGAAAAGCAAGUAUCAGCCACUGCUGACAUAUACUUCAGAAAACACAUGUCACAGGUAACUAGUUCAGUUGCAGAUAACACAAUAACUAAUCAGAUUGUCAGUCUAGUAUUGUCAAAAAAUAAAGGGGUUGCACUUAGUGCAAAGGAUCCAAAGUCAUGUGAGAAUGUAAAGUCACCUUUGGGGUCGGAAUGGAACAAGACUUUAAAAGUGGCACCUAUUCUUUUAGCAUCACCACAUAGGAAUCUGCAAAUAGGCUCUGUCAGCCAACAGGAGGCUGUGUCAGCAUCAGAAAAUACUCCCAUUGGAAUAAAAUUUGAUGAUAAAACAGGGACAGAAGAAGAUCUGAAUGUCAACAUCAUACAGAAAACUCAUUCUCCUAAGAGUGUUGCUUUACAGUCAUCUACAUUUGAUGUUUCCAAAGAGGAGGAACAAAAGAUUGAGAAGAUUAACCAAACCAGAAUGGAUGUUCAGAUCAAACAAAUAAAAGUGCAACACAGAAAACAGUACACUGAGAUCAGAAAGGAAUUUGGUCUAUUAAAAGAGGAGAGAGUAUACCUCAGGAAACUACCUGUAUUAAAUUCUGUUAGAGAAACAGAAGAAACUGAGUGGUCCAGUAAUGUACAUACGAAUGACUCUUGCAAAUUGCUGCAGGCAAUAACUGUGAAAUCUGAGCCUGAAGAAGAGGAAAUGAUACUUGGGAAACAGGAAUCAAACAUAAAGAGGAACACAGAACUUCCUGAAUCAAUGCUAGAAAAUGCAAAGAGGAGGAAAACAUUGGGUCCAAGUUCAGAUCAUGAUGACUCUUCUUCAGUGAUGGAUAACCCAAGUAGCUCUUGCAGACAAGUUAUAUCACAACAAGAAAAUCCUACAGUCUCAUUGCCAUUUUUAUCAAAUGGAGGUUCUGACCCAAAUACUUGUAUGCAAACUAAUGAAGAUAGUGAAGUUUUGUGUCCUACUGUACAUAACAUUACAAAUGAAACUUCUUUUAGUGCCAGUUCUCUUGGAGAAGACAGUUUUCUAUAUAAUCCUCCAGACUUAGAAGAAACUAUAAAAGAUGAAAAAAUAGAAAGACUUAAACUCCUUCUGAAAAAACAAGAGGCAGCACUGGAAGAGAUGCGCAAGAAACUGCAGGAGACUUGAGAAAAUGAGGACAUGGUACAGAAAUUUAAUUGAAUAAAUUGUUUGAGAAAUGUAAUACAAAUAGUCACAAUGGGGUGAAUAUAGUUUCUUUAAAAACUUGAUAAAUCUCAAACCUGUAAAAUAACUAGUAUGCUAUCUUGUAAAAUGUUUUGUAUUGUAAAUUUAAUUUGUUAUAAGUAGCAACUGUAUUUCUACUUUCUCUGAAACAAAUAGAAUACACUUAGAGAUCUCACUGUCUUUUCCACUUAAAGCCAACUUCCUUUUUAAAGUGUAUUUCCCUGUAAAUCUUGAGUCCUGUUCAUCUAGGUUGGUAUAUUUUAUUAUCAUGCUGGAAUAUAUUUGAGGAUGAAAAUAAAUCCACAGACAUGUCUUACAUUAGUGAAAGGUA